UUUCAUUUCCUUUCGUCUCUUGGAACCGCCUUUUUUCUGUUUAUACACCUUCCUCUUCGCUUUUUCACAUAUUUCUCCGACGCACGCUCCCCCUCGUUACUGCUGGCCUUUGCUUGUCGUCCAUAAGCGUAUUUCCAGAAACAUACAUCUCGCCCUCCCCUGUACUUUUUUAUUCUUGCGAUUCGUAUUUUUCUAUCCACAAUGUCGCUGUCGAAAGAAUCCCUGCCUCCGGUCGGCCAUGCGAUCGCUGGGGCCGGCAGCUCAGCUCUGGCGCUGUUCCUCAUCUACCCUCUCGACACAAUAAAGACGCGGAUGCAAGUGCAGACCAGCACGCAGUCGUACAAAAGCCCCAUAGACGCGGUGAAGCAGAUUCUGCAGCGCGAGGGCCUGUCUGGGCUGUACGCCGGCCUGGUAACGAACCUGGUGAACCAAGUGAUCAACGGAUUUGUGUACUUUUACGCAUACAGCGUGGUGCGCGGAAUCGCGCUCAAGGCACUGGCCAAGUCGGGCGGCAAGACAUUGUCGACGGUGGCCGAGCUCACUAUCGGCGCGCUGGCGGGCAUGGUGAACCAGCUGAUCACGCUGCCGAUCGGCGUGCACUGGACCGACACCGUGCGGGAGAUCAUCCGGACCGAGGGCGUCCAGGGCCUAUGGGCCGGCUUCCGCCCAGCCAUGCUUCUGUGCUCCAAUCCGGCCAUCACCUACGGCGUGUUUGAGCGCGUCAAGGGCAUGCUGACCAAGGACCGCGCCGACCAGUUUUUGUCGUCCGGCGAGGCCUUCUGGGUGGGCGCGCUAGCCAAGACGCUGGCCACGGUGGUCACAUAUCCGUAUAUCAUGGCCAAGGUGCGCUUGCAGUGGCGGCCCAGUAAGCAGGAGCUUGCGGUUAGCGGCGACGAGGUCGUGUAUAAGAGCUCGGCCGACGUCCUGCAGAAAGUGCUGCGCCGCGAGGGCAUCCCGGGUCUCUACAAGGGCAUGCAGACGCAGAUCAUCAAGGCUGUCAUCACACAGGCCCUGAUGCUGAUGAUCAAGGAGUCGUUCACGCUGCAGGUCGUGCGAGUCUUUGCGCUGCUGUCCAAGCGCAAGGGUGCGCAGCCUGCGUAGAAUAAAAAACAAUAGACUUUUUUUUACCAAAACUAGAAAAAA